AACUGGCAGCCUGCAGCACCCAUGCGUCACUGACCAGAGGCGGCCCACUGCAGCUUCAUGACCCAGCAGCGCGUGGCCCAGUGAAGCCACCGUGGUGUCGGGCAUGGCCGCGCUGCUCCUGGGCGCGGUGCUGCUGGUGGCCCAGCCCCAGCUGGCGCCUUCCCGCCCCGCCGCCACCCCCGGGGCUGAGCCGGACCAGCCCGAGGUCGCUCAGAAAACCGGGACCCUCCAGGAGGACAGCCGGGGCAGCGGAGCCCGCAACGGCUCGGUGCAGCAGCUGCCCCAGACCAUCAUCAUCGGCGUGCGCAAGGGCGGCACGCGCGCGCUGCUGGAGAUGCUGAGCCUGCACCCCGGCGUGGCGGCCGCCGAGAACGAGGUGCACUUCUUUGACUGGGAGGAGCACUACAGCCAGGGCCUGGGCUGGUACCUCAGCCAGAUGCCCUUCUCGUCCCCGCGCCAGCUCACGGUGGAGAAGACCCCCGCGUACUUCACGUCGCCCAAAGUGCCUGAGCGGGUGCACAGCAUGAACCCGGCCGUCCGCCUGCUGCUCAUCCUGCGCGACCCGUCGGAGCGCGUCCUGUCCGACUACACGCAGGUGCUCUACAACCACGUGCAGAAGCGCAAGCCCUACCCGGCCAUCGAGCAGUUCCUGCUGCGCGGCGGCCGCCUUAACGCCGACUACAAGGCGCUGAACCGCAGCCUGUACCACGAGCACCUGCGCCGCUGGCUGCACUUCUUCCCGCUGCGACGCAUCCACAUCGUGGACGGAGACCGCCUCAUCAGGGACCCCUUCCCCGAGAUCCAGAAGGUCGAGCGGUUCCUGAAGCUGUCCCCGCAGAUCAACGCCUCCAAUUUCUACUUUAACAAAACCAAGGGCUUCUACUGCCUGCGGGACAGCGGCCGGGACCGCUGCUUGCACGAGUCCAAAGGCCGGGCACACCCCCACGUCGACCCCAAACUGCUCAACAAACUGCACGAAUAUUUCCACGAGCCAAAUAAGAAAUUCUUCGAGCUUGUCGGCAGGACAUUUGACUGGCACUGAUUGGCAAUAAACUAGGCCCGGAGACGUUGCUAUUGUUCUAAGUAAGUUCUGCUGUACAGCUGGGGGAGGGCGGGAAAAGGAUUUUCAAAAGGCGUUUAAGCUAUAAUUUAUUUGUAAAAUCCAUAAACUACUUCUGUACAGUAUUAGAUUCACAAUUGCCAUAUAUACUAGUUAUAUUUUUCUACUUGUUAAAUGGAGGGCAUUUUGUAUCGUUUUUCAUGGUUGUUAACGUGUAAUAUGUCUCUAUACAAAGGAACUAAAAUAUUUCACUGCAACCAAAAAAAGAAAAAAAGAUUUUU